AUGGGUCAGGGAGAACAUGGUCAAGGUGACUUCAUGGGGCAGGGGGGACGUGGUCAAGGAGGCUUCAUGGGGAAGGGGGGACGUGGUCGAGGAGGUUCCAUGGGCCAGGGGGGACGUGGUCGAGGAGGCCCCGGGGGUAAGGGAGGACGUGGAAAAGGAAAAGGACGUGGCCAACAACGCGGUGGCCGAGGGGCAGAGGAGGGCGUGGUCAAGGAGGCGACGGGGACGAGGAAGGCCAGGGGGGCCCAAUGGGUAGAGGAGGACGUGGCCAAGGAGGUUUUAUGGGCCGAGGACGUGGCCAAGGGGGCCCGAAGGGUAGAGGAGGGCGUGGCCAAGGAGGCGACGGGGACGAAGAAGGCCAAGGGGGCCCAAUGGGUAGAGGAGGGCGUGGCCAAGGCUUCAGGGGCCGAGGACGUGGCCAAGGGGGGCCAAAGGGUAGAGGAGGGCGUGGUCAAGGAGGCGACGGGGACGGGGGUCCAAAGGGAUGCCGGGGGACGUGGUCAAGGAGGCUUCAUGGGGAAGGGGGGACGUGGUCGAGGAGGUUCCAUGGGCCAGGGGGGACGUGGUCGAGGAGGCCCCGGGGGUAAGGGAGGACGUGGAAAAGGAAAAGGACGUGGCCAACAACGCGGGGGCCGAGGGAGCAGCCAAGGAGGUCCCAUGAAUGCUGAAUAA